CAAGCUCAGAGUCUCUUUUCUCCAACUGUCUUUUGUGUUUAUAACCCGACUCGCUUUGGCUAACGCACACAGACGCAAAGCUCAAAGUUCCUGUCAGACAAGCGAUUUUGCCUAAAGAUGACACCAACAACCUCUGGUUAUAGUUCCAAGAAUACAACAGAUAAAGAAGUUGGACCAUGUAACAGGGAAGGCGAUAACAGCGUGGGAGCACAUCUGUCUGUCCUUUACUACUUUAUGUUUGUUUUCAGCGCUGUUAUCAACGUGUUGGUUCUGGCUAUCCUCCGUCGAUUUGAGAAGCUAAGCACUGUGGUCAACAUCUUGCUGGUGAACCUGGUGGUGUCCUCCAUGAUCUUCAUGAGCAGCCUUCCUUUUGUGGCAUACUACAUGCAGUUCGAGUGGAAAUUUGGCUCAGUUAUGUGCAAAAUUGUCUUCAGUGUAUAUUUCCUUGGCUUUUACAGUUCUGUCUUUUUUUUAACUAUGCUCACGAUUGAUCGUUACUUUGCUAUAGUGCAUUUAAUGUCUGCACGACAUGGAAGGAGUCGAUGCUAUGCUAUCAUAUCAUGUACAGUGGUGUGGCUGAUAAGUGGUUUGGCUUGCAUUAAGCCAAUGCUCCUCCGCAACACUUACAAGCAUUUUGGGCAUAUGUACUGUGAGAAUACUGAGAACCUCACUAAUGUUAACGUAAAAAUGCUCCAAAAAUAUGGAUUUUAUGUACAGGUUUUUGUAUUCUUGAUUCUCCCUCUGGCUGUCAUUUGUUUUUGUUAUGUUAGGAUUAUAAUCACCAUCAGAUCAUCAAGAGUAGCUAACUUCAAGGCAGUCAGGGUAAUAUCAGUCAUUGUAGUGUUGUUCUUCAUUUGUUGGAUACCUUUUAACAUUGUAGAACUCCUGCAUGAUGGAUACAAACCGUGUUGGGAACAAAAGAGACUUGGUUAUGCUCUUCAAAUCACCCGUACUAUGGCAUACUUUUACUUUUGCAUCAGCCCCAUCUUUUAUACAUUUGUGGGGGAAACAUUCCAGGACCAAUUCAAAAAGCUGCUGGUGAAAUGUUUUCCAUGCUUAAGGAAGUACAUUUCUCAUAAUUUAGACAACAAAACAGCGGAACCUGAACUUAGCCUUAGGAGGUGAGGCUUCCACAGGGAGGGGCAACAUGUAUCUUUGGCUUGUGUACUCUUGAAUUUUUUUUCUGCCAUUCAUAAUGAAGUGCAUUAAUGUGAUUUAACACCAUGUGUAACUAUUGAUAUGUCUGGAUAUAGCUUGUGCUUCUAAUAUAAUUUGCUCCUGUACAUAAAUGUUAUAAUGGGAAAUUUCCUUGUCUGCUUCAAAAUUUAAACCUUGUGCAAAACAUAUCACUUUUAACAGAAUGGCAUGUAUAGUCUACAGCCUAUGUUUGCAGAGAUGUAAGGUUAAUCAGCGUUCAGUUUAUCAGUGUGUGCCUAUAUGGUCAUAAAGCAUUCUAGAAUUAUA